AUGGAUAUCGAAUACCAAAAAGGAAAUGAAGAUGACCCUCUGAAUAAAAAAUGGGAGAACAUAAAAUCAGUUAUCAAAAAGGCAGCGGAUACUAUGUUGACAAAAAAAGAAAAGAAAGAACCUAGAAAAGCAUGGAUUGACAAAGAAAUAGUAAAACUUAUAGAUGAAAGACAAAAAUAUAAAAACAAUAAUACAAGAGAAGGACAACAAAAGUAUCAUCAACUAAGGAAUCAGGAUAACCGAGAAGCAAGAAAAGCCAAAGAAGAAUAG